AAAUUGAGUGCCCUAGUUAGGGUUUUGUUUUUUGGCCGAAUUUGGGGCUUUGUUCUGGGUUCUGCUCAUUUGGGGAUUUUGGGGCAGCUGUUGAUCAAUUCGUGUGUGAAAAUGGAUUCGGAAGCGCAAAACGCGUCGUUGAAUCCAUCGCAAGUGCUUGCUCAACUCCUCACUAAGAGAACCAAGCUUCAAGACGAACUCAGAGGAAUUGAGAAACAGGUCUACGAUCUAGAGACUACGUAUCUGCAGGAUCCGAGUCAAUGUGGCAAUGUAUUAAAAGGGUUUGAAGGGUUUCUGUCUUCAACAAAGAGCACUUCCUUCUUGAAGCGAUCUCGGAAGUUUCAACCUGAAGACAGGCUAUUCUCAUUAUCUUCCGUGACAUCACCAGCAGCGGAAGAACUUGCAGCUGGACGAGAUGAUGGGAGAUCAGACUUUGGUCCCGGCCGUUCUAAAGGGGGUAUAUACGCAAACGGGCAAGGAAAACCGAAGAAAGGAAGACCUACUCCAAGAGAUGCAAAGAGAAUCAGGCAGAGUGAACAAGAUUAUGACUAUGAAGAUGAUCCUGAUAUGAUGUGACGGAGGAAAUGCCUGGUGACUUUUCCCUACAAGCUCUGCGUGAGCAGCUAGUUAGCUAGAGUCUUGAACAGAGAUAUAGCUUUUGUUUUGAAGUUCUGUUGAGGCAAAACUUCUCACUAAGGCAGGCAUAGCCUCCUCUUCACUUCUGUAAUCUAACCCUCUGUCAGGUUGUAAAUUAUACCCUUUCUCCUCGGUUAGAAUUAGUUGCUUCUGCUCAACUUAUGUUCAAGAAUAGAUCUUUAAGCUCUGUAAGCACUUUGGAUCAUUGCCUUCCAUGGCUAUAAUAUCGUCUUUUGGAUACAGUGGUAUAAAAUC